AUGCCCUUUCCAUUCAGGUAUAUAUGCGACCUGCUCCAAGACCUCGAAGACGACAUACGUAAAGCGAAAUCGUAUCCAACGUCCGGUAAGGCGAUAAUCGCGCGGUGGUUCGACCAGCACCGCUUGCAACUGCACGCGCCCGGGAACGACGUAUGCGCAAUACUGUCGACUCUUCUUCCCGAGCGAAGAACGGACCGCGUAUAUUUCAUUCAAGCACCUCGGCUCCAGAGCAUCGUUGGCCAGGCCCUCUGUCUAGGAUUUUCGAGAGUAGCGGAGCUACGGCGCUAUCAGACUCCCGGCCUUGGUAUAGACCUCGGUGAUUGCGUUGAGCGCAUUCUUGAAAGGACCCCUAAUUCUACCUCGGGACGUGAUGACCUCACAGUUGAGGACAUAGACGCGGUCCUGGAAGAGAUCGCAGCUGCAUGCCGUUUUAGUUCCCCGAAGAUUCAGUCCCGGCGCACCAUCAGAGACACCAACUACGCGAACGAGGCACUCGGCGAGCUUUACAGGCGGUUGGGUGCUCAAGAGGCAAAAUGGUUCACCCGCCUCGUGCUAAAGUCUUACGAGCCGGUAGUCCUGGAUCAGUAUACCGUCUUUCGGAGCUACCAUUACUUGCUUCCUCGAAUGCUCAAAGUUCGCGAUGACUUGACCAUCACCACGGCAUUCUUGCGUCACGCGGAACAAUCACCUGGCGACCAGGUCCGAAUUGCCAGUAUCCUGAAGCCUCAGCUCGGUACCAAGGUCGGCAGGCAAACAUGGAUCAAAGGUAGAAGCAUCAAACACUGCCUCGACAUGGGAAGACGCCGAGUCAUUAGCUGCGAGCAGAAGCUCGAUGGUGAGUACUGUCAGAUUCACAUCGAUCGUAGCAAAGGGUAUCAGUGCAUCCAUAUAUUUUCAAAGAGUGGAAAGGAUAGCACGGUGGACCGGUCUGGGCUUCACGGUGCUAUCCGAGGCUCGUUGAAGCUCGAUGAGCAAGACUGUCCCGUCAAGAAAGGGUGCAUUCUGGAAGGUGAGCUACUCGUAUAUAGCAACAAGGACCAUAAGAUAUUACCCUUCCAUAAGAUCCGAAAACACGUCUCUAGAUCAGGGUCCUUCAUUGGGACGAACCACGAUUCUCAGCCGCACGAAUAUGAGCAUCUAAUGAUCGUCUACUAUGAUCUUCUGAUGAUUGAUGACGAAUCCCUCCUGGGACUACGACAUUCAGAGCGGAGGAGACGGCUGACUCGGCUCAUAACCUGCCGCACCGGCCACGCAGCCAUUGUGCAACACCAAGAUGUCUCCCUUGCAAGACGAUCCGCCGCAAGUCAGUUGCGAAAAGCUUUCGCGGAUUGUAUCGUCAAUCGAGGCGAAGGUUUAGUUUUGAAGCCUGAUGAACCCUACUUCGACUUCGGCGCGAGCUCACAGCCUUAUGCUUCUUGCAUAUUCAAACUCAAGAAGGAGUAUGUACAGGGCUGGGGAGACGUUGGCGACUUUGCAGUGGUUGGCGCAUCAUACGAUUCUGUAAAGGCCAAAACGUACAAUCUGCCCAACCUCAAAUGGACACACUUCUUUAUUGGCUGUCUAGACAAUCAAGCUCGGCCAACAGCCGGUAUUCGGAAGCCGCGGUUCAGGGUCGUCAAUAUGGUAGAGCUCAAUGCUACUAUGCUCAAGACCGUUACCCAGUGCAGCCCUCUAUCGGUACCGUUCGACGGAAACACGGCAUUCGACCUGGAUCUUAGUGGGCUAGGGACCAACAAGCCGCCCACCGUACUCUUCCCAGAGCCAAUGGUUUUCGAUGUGCGGUGCUUUUCGUUUGACAAAGCGUCGAAUACGAAUUUCUGGAGUAUGAGGUUCCCAAUGGUGUCCAAGGUUCAUUUCGACAGAUCGUGGAAAGACACGAUCAGUUUCGACGAAAUGCAAGAAGCUGCGGUGACUGCAACUGAGGUGCCCGAGCAAGAGGAUAGUCAAGAGAUGCGCGAGUGGGUAACUGCUCUGGAGAAGGCCGAUCCUUGGGGAAUUGCGGUUGAUGCCAUCAGCCAGACAAGUUCCCUAUCUGAGCCUAUCGUUUCACAGACAGUUGUUGAACAGCAACAUGAAUACGUGAGUACCUUGGAUGCCAUUUUGGAGGCAUCUGAGAACCCACUACAUUCGCGGGCACAAGGUAGAGAAGCCGGUGUACCAGAGUUCAUGGAGAGCAUAACGAGAGCUGGUCCGAAGAGGAAGGAUGGCGAGCGGGAAUGGGUCGAGGUCUAUGACUGGAGACUUCUGGAGGCCUUGACGGACACAGAAUCGCGCAAAGGGGCGCCGGGAAACUUCAAUCCUUGGCGGAAAUAUCGUCUCGGUCUUGCAUGA